AUGACUACCGAGCAGACCUUCAUCGCUGUCAAGCCUGAUGGUGUUCAGCGUGGCCUCAUCGGUCCCAUCAUCACCCGCUUCGAGAACCGUGGCUUCAAGCUUGCGGGUAUCAAGAUGGUCACUCCCUCCAAGGAGCACCUCGAGAAGCACUACGCCGACUUGAGCGACAAGCCCUUCUUCCCCGGUCUAAUUGCCUACAUGGGCUCUGGCCCCGUCUGCGCCAUGGUCUGGGAGGGCCGUGACGCCGUCAAGACCGGCCGCUCCAUCCUCGGUGCCACCAACCCCCUCGCCUCCGCCCCCGGCACCAUCCGUGGCGACUACGCCCUCGACGUUGGCCGCAACGUCUGCCACGGCUCCGACUCCGUUGAGAACGGCAAGAAGGAGAUUGCUCUCUGGUUCAAGGACGGCGAGGUCCAGAGCUGGAAGUCCGCUCAGCACGACUGGGUUUACGAGAAGUAG